AUGAAUGAGAAGAAGAGCCAUAUGACAAGGGUAAUAAAGAAGAGACGACUAGCUGUUGUUAUUUUUGUACUGGACAUGAUACUAAUCGUGUAUAUGCUUCAAAUGAAAGAAAGGUGCCUGGAAAAAACGGCGUGUGUUGGUGAGCUCGAGUGGAGAGACUACAAGGAUUUGCUGGUGAGCGGGAUAGAGGUGUUUAGCUCGAUUGAAUUUCUUAAAAGUAUUGAGACGCGAGGAAUAAUCAAAAGACAAGAUGACGUAGAUGAGAAUUGUGUAGCAAGGAUUCUGAAGCAGGUGAUGGUUGAGAUAAGAGUUAUUGCUUAUUCAAGCGAGAUUUAUUUUGACAACACGUAUAGGAAUGGCAAGCUUGUGAUGGAUGAUGGGAGUUGUAGACGUCAAAGGGGAUAUAUUGAAGACCUUGCCAGUGAGUUUAUGGAUAAAUUUAAUAGUGGCGAUGUUGAAUAUCCGACAGAUAUUACAAUUGCGAAGAAAUAUGUGCAGGAUCUGAAGAAGUUUAUGGCCGAAGAGAUGCCUGAAUACGACUGCAAGCAGAAGGUUACGAUGCCUAGUAAGAUGUUUCCAGUAACUGAGAUAUCCCUGUAUAAUUAUAUUCUACUGGUUCUGCUGGAUAUUCGAAGAAUGAUAGUGAAUGACUAUAAAGACAUAAGCAUGUGGUUGAAAGAGCUAGAGCUAGAAGACGAUGUUGAGCAUAACCUGAACACAUUCAGGAUUAUGAUAAUGGCAUUUAAGUGGCAAUUCUUCAUCGAUGAAAGUAUGUAUUACAAAUGCCAAACAUGCACGGAUAAUAAUGGCUCACGAGUAAUUGAUUCUAUGUUGAAUUUACCGUGCGGCCAUAUUAUAUGCAGGCGCUGCCUUAAAGAUAAUUGUGUUUAUAACAACAAAAAAGAAUGUAUAUUGUGCAAUUGCAUGAUAUCAGAGUUUGAAUAUGAUUAUGCAUUCAAUGCAGAGGACAUUGAUGACUAA